UCAUAUUCAUCUGGACGUGGACGAAAGCCUAAAUAGUCCUUCCCAUGGAUUAGCUUUUGUAACUGAGUACGCGGCCUAGCAGAUUGAUACACGUACAUUUGAACUUGAAUCAGCUGGUAAGAAUAUGUGUGCGAAGAUGAGGCCUGAAGCAAGCAGUCACGUACCAGACAAUCUUAAGGGGAAUACUGGAGUUAUGUUGCAGCGAGGCGAAGACACUAAGAUGAUUCUGCGUCGCCGCCAACAAAUUGAUGUGAUCAAGCGCAGGCGUUUUGAUCCUGAUGAAGAUGAAGCCAGCGCAAGUGACAACGGAGAACAAGUCGAAUGUGCUAAAGAAGAAGACGGAGAGGAGAAUGACAAUGAGCAGCUGUAUUGUACAACCACCGUGUCCAGCAACUACACGGGAGCAGCGGCAAUGGCUAACUUUGUGGGUUCUUCGAUAAAACCGGAUCACGACGAUGCGAUGGUACUCGCUGGUGUUCCUUUCUACCGCGUUGGAGGUGACAAUUUGGCCUGCUCUUUCUAUUCGAAAAUCGGUGCGUGUCGACAUGGAAACCAGUGCUCGCGCCGACAUAUCAAGGUCAGAGAAUCCAGAACCGUGCUGCUUGCGCAUAUGUAUCGCGGUCUAAAAUGAUAUCAUGUUUACCCUACUACAUUUCGUACAGGCGAAUCACAGAAGCAGUGUAAAGAACGUAGUGCUUGUCCACUCUUGUUCAGCCAUGUAAUCUAUCAUGCAUGUGUGUACAAAUAAUAUAUUGUCAUAAUGCGGUAGUAGUUCGACUCCCCGCCUUUUAAUCUGUUCUUGUUGUAGAUGUCGGCCAAAUUACUAAAGUGAUCACUCAAGAAUAUUACUGCUUUUGUACAAUGCUGUUGCUGCUUUCCAUGGAUGUCCUCAUUCAUUACUAGCGAGCAUCGAGCCACUUUUUGUUGCUUGACCUACCUCGUAUGUAUGUUUAGCUUUUCCGGUUCAUCUUCGUGUUGCAGCCAACGGUACUGGGAGGUUUUUUCGUCUUUAAUUGCUUCAGGUUUGCAGAUACUUCGGAAACUUUAGCUGUAUCUUCAGAUCCGCAGCCGGGAUUGAGCGCAGUGACCGAGAAGGUCUACGAUACUGCAAGUCGGCAGAUCCAAGAGUUCUAUGAAGAAAUGUUCUACCAAAUGUCGAAGUAUGGAGAAAUCGAGGACGUCAUUCUAGUCGACAAUCUUGCGGCGCAUGUAAGAAAGCUCUAUAUUCCAUGUAGACGUAGAGAUAUGGAUACCUAGACGAGGACGAUAAUCGUCUUUGAUGUUAUAAAUAUAUGUUCCAGGGGUGGAGGCCCCCUGUGGGACUUACGGAACGCCGUAGAGCUGUUCGCGACGCGUGACGCCCACCGCGUGACGCCGAGAACUUCGGGGGGAGACGAGACUACUGCGCCCAACUUUAAGCGUGACGCACCACGCGACUAACUCGCGCGAUGAUGUGCUUCACGUGUCACGCGGCGGCGCGUGGUCCGCGGGUCUUUGGUCGGUCCGUGGAUCUUUGAACGCUCGGCGGAUCUUUGAUCGAUUCGCGGGCUUUUGGUAGAUCCGUGGGUCUUUGAUCGAUCCGCGGGUCCUUGAUCGCUCCGCGGUUCCUCGAUCGAUCCACGGAUUGGCCGGCCCGUGGAUCCUUGGGCGAUCCGUGAGUCCUUGAUCGAUCUGUGGAUCCUUGGUCGAUCCGUGGAUCUUUGACUGAUCCGCGGGCCCUUGAUCCAUCCGUGGGCCCUUGGUCGAUCCGUGGGUCUUUGAUCGCACGCGCCGGGGAUCCUUGGCCGAUCCGUGGAUCCUUGGCCGAUCCGUGGGUCACUGACCAAGCCGCGGGACACUGAUCAAGCCACGGGCCCCUGAUCAAUCCACGGAUCGCCGGUCGAUCCGUGGGUCUUUGAUUAAUCCACGGAUCACCGACCAAUCCGCGGAUCCCUGGUCGAUCCGUGGGACUUUGAUCAAUCCGCGGGUCACUGAUCAAUCCGCGGAUCCCUGAGCAAUCCGCGGAUCACUGCGCAAUCCGCGGAUCACUGAGCAACCCGCGGGUCACUGAUCAAGCCGCGGGUCGCUGAUCAAUCCACGGAUCACGGAUCGAUCCGCGGAUCCCUGGCCAAUCCACGGGUCACCGAUCGAGCCGCGGGCCACUGAUCGAUCCUUGGGUCGCGCGUGCCGCGUCAUGUGUCACGCGUCACGCGUCAAAGAAGAGCAAGAAGGUCACCCUUAUAAUAGGGGGCGACGCGGUGGGAGUAAUGUGGACAGCUCUACGGCGUUCGGUCCACCUCACGAGGCUCCCUCCUCCGUGGAUGGAGCGGCGGCGGCGUCCGCGUGCCCUUUUUUCCACGGUGAUGACAUGUAAGGACUCCCAGGGGUGAAGGCCUCAAAAGGCCGAGCCGGAGUCCCCUGGCGACUCUCCGCGCGUACCCCACAGGCCUCCCGCCUCUUGGGUCUUAUCUUAUCAGGGGGACGGCCUCCGGGGAAAGAAGGCCGCCGAAGGCGGCGACGGUCGCGAGGCCUGGCCCCUUUGGCCCUCUUGAGGGGCAGCAGGGGCCAAACUCCGCCAGUGAGGAGCCCGCACGCUGGAGGUCGAUGGGGUACGUACAUGCAACACGGCAAGGGGGUCAAGCCUUUGCCGCCUUCGGAAGCCUUCCGCCCCUGGCUGUCGGUGCUUGAAGUUGAACGGCCUCAGGGAUUUGGGUUCUGCAGGGUACAUGCAAGAAGCCGCGAGGGCUCGGCGGUGGGCGUUUGGGGGCCUUCCUGCCUGGCGGUCCCCCGGGAAAAAGGGCCAGGGGCUGGAGGCCCCCCCUCCCCCCUCGAAAAGUUAGAUUGGGGGGGGCUUGGCCCCUGGAACAUAUAUAGGGUAAGUGAUCCUCUGACUCGGAGUAUCUAACUACAUCUUUUGACAUACACGCUCACGCACUCAUCCACGAUCAUCACAAAGUUUCUACUAGGUACUUCCAGUUCCAGUUCUACUUCUAGACCUACCAUUCCAGGCAGCUGACACCACAUUAAUCAUCCACUACUUCAUCUGCAGAUGACCGGUAACGUGUAUGUGAAGUAUUUCAUCAAAGAGGCGGCAGCAAGGGCACUGGAAAAUAUCAGUGGCAAGUUUUAUUGCGGACGCGUGAUCAAAGCUGAGCUAAGCCCUUGUGUUGAGUUUAGGGAUGCCCGUUGCAGUGCGUUCACCGAAGGAACGUGUCCCAGAGGACAGUACUCCACUUUGCUAUGUUUCUGUACGAAGACUGGAACUGCAUCAACUGCAAGUCGAACAGCAGACAGGUUGAGCUUUUACUAGUCCUACAAGUUGUACAUCGUCGUCUACUACACCCGGAGAAAGUGGAGGUAGAAGUUGUUAAAUCAUAUGGUACUCGUACCUGCUACUGCUUCACUGUACCUAAAGUGUUUACAGUGACAGGCGAAAACAUCCUGCUCUGUGUAGUCGCCUUUUAAACAAAACAGAAAUUGCAACUUUUUGCAUCCACGGCAUGUGGCGCGUGCUAUCAAGCGACAGUGUGUCUUGCAAAUGUAUGCUGAUCACCCGGAAUACCUUGCGGCCAGAGAAGCGGCUGGAAAGCCCAUCAGGUGGACGGCCUGCGACACAAAGAAAAGAAAAGUUGAGUACUCAGAUUUUGCUUUUCUCAUUUAGUCAUACAAAUAUCAUCAGAAUGAUCUGAAAAAAUUUUCUUUGUAAUAUUUGUAAUUCGUUUAGUUGACUUCUUGAUUUCUGCAAUCAGUGGGCAUCAUUUUCAUGGGAUCCACCUGCAAAAUUCUUCUUAGCUGGGCACACGAUGAGCAAGCUCGGAGAGAAUUUACAGCGCUGUGGUGGAAGGCUUUUAGAGAGCGGCGUGAGAAAGAGAGGCAAGAGGCCUCUUUUGAUGUCACACCGGCGAAUAGUUUUGGCAAACCGAGAUGGGGUGAGCCUACGACACGGCGCGCGGCUGACGGUAGUGAUGUCUAUCAACUAGCGCUUAAUAUUUAUUUCAUAUCCAUAGCUUUAGGUACUAUGUAUUAGAAUUAGCAAGAAAAGCCAGCACAUCCACUUCCACCUGGCUGAUGCUCAUGCAAUUGUUUUUGGUUUUGUACUGCUGCACAUCACGAUUUAACUUUUUGUUCAGGUAAAGGUGGCUUAAUGUUUUUCGAUCGCAUCAGGAAGGCUGCUGAAUCCUCAAGGUCCCUUUCUAGAACUACAAGCAACCGCAACAUUGUGGCACAAGCUGAAUGCGAAAGAGCUCCGUCGUCCUAUGUUCGGAAAAAGAAGAAGCGUGCUCUUGUCGCCGAACAAAGUCCGAGAUCCAAACGAAACGCACGCUCAAUUGACGGUGACAAGACGGGUAGACAUUACACUAGCAGGAGCGGUAGACACGGGAGUAGUGAGAGGCCAACUGGCCGCGAAGUGGAUCGCUUGGAGACCAGCAUGAGAAAGAAUUCCGCGACCGCCUGUCGAGACACACUUCCUCCCCCUCCUGGAAUAGAUUCGAAGUAUAUUCCCAGUAGAAGUUCUAGUAGUACGGGCCAGGUCGGCCUUCUGCUGCCACCACUAGACUCCGUCAACACCACGGCAGAUACUUGCAGCGUGCCGGUGACUCCUCUCCACGAACAACAAGAUGCGCAAGAGCAGGGAACAGAGACGCCCACAACCACCGCUGAUGGCAUCCCCAUCGCAGCCAAAUUGAUGCUGCCCAUGGCAAUUUCCACGAGAGCUGCUACACGAACACAUGUUCAUGUUGUGGGUUAUGCUAGCGCAGCAAGAACAAGUACAUCGACGCGAAAUUUGUCUGGUCCGGGAGUUGGAGGUUGGACUGGGACUGACUUAAUUCUCGUGGACUACAUCACAGGGAACCCAAGAAACAGCCUGACUGCGAGUGAUAUGAUCGGUCCGCCUGCUGCUCCAGUUCCAUCUUUCUCCUCGGCCACUCGUCGCUUCGAUGCUCCCAGUUGAGAGUUAUCGAUUGCGGCAUGGAAAUUUCUGCGAAGUGAAACUAGCUUUGUAUAGCACGCCGAGGAUGAAUUCGACGAACGCACCAUCAUCUAUUGAUAGACGAAAAGCAGCUUUUCCUAGGAUGAAAAAUGCAGUAUCACGACCACCUGAGCAAAAUGCUACCCGUGACCUCCUUGGUGAUGGUCCUCUAGUGCUGACUAGGGCUGCAACUACGGCUACAACACGUUGUGAAUCCUGCCGUUGAUCAUGUCACUGCAAUCUCUCGAUCGAGGAGCCGCUGUCCUCUUCUUCCUCUUCGUUUUCAACUGUACGUAGCGACUGACGCAUCCAUCGUUGGGAGAAAAGAAUGGUACAGACCAACAGGAGUACCAAGCGCACUAGAGGCCUCAGCCCCAUCGAAUAUUGAACAACGGAAUACGUCCUUCCUUUCUUCUUGUGGCUGUGCUGACAUAAUGGGAGGCCCACACACGCGACCAGCUUUUCCUCGAGGACAUAAUGCUCUUGGAGAUGCGUGAAAAAAUUCAUAGAAUCGUAAUGGUGGUCGAAUAAGAGUUUCAAGCUGAAUUUAUGUCAAUGAUAAGGAGGUUGAAGGCAGUGCAACUUUGGAGGACAAUAUUAUCGAGGUCGAUGUACUACAAAAUCAUGCAAUGUUAGCUCCGGUUCGGGUUUUUGAAAAUCGCCUAGCCAUAGGUAGUACAUAGCAGAUGCAGAAUCUUCCAGAGGAGACAUGGGAGCGUGCAGAAGAACUCUUGGAAAAUUUCCUAACGACACAGCUAGAAACUGCCACGGCCAUUUCUUGCAACUACUUCUACACCCCUCAGAAGAUGAGGACAUGGACAAUCACAAGCAUUCGGAGUCGGACAAUCAAAGACCUACCGGCACGAGCAUGAAUAUGAUGCAUGCAUAUACUGAAGACAUACAUGACUGAGGUUGAAGAUGUUGCCCCUUGUUAUUUUGUGGAAUAUUUAAAUUGUUUGCUUUGUUUUUUAGGAAAAUUUCAUAUCCUGUGUCUGAAUCAGUGAUAACUAAGCAGACUGAUGACAAUCAACGACUAGCACUAGCGGACUUCAAGAAGGAAGUCGCUUUUAUUUCGUACUAGAUCGCUUCUAGAUCGCUUCAGAUUCAGCAUGGCUUAAAACAUCUGGGACAGGAAUUCACUUCAAACAAUAUGGAAAUGCGGGACAGCUUAACUAUCCGUGAGGAAUAGUGAACGCGUAUGCGGUAGUUUGAAUGUCAGCCCGUGAAGGAUCGUGAUUAUAUUUAUAUAUAUAAGUAGUCCUUACCUCCAGAAGGCCGCGGAGUUUCCUUGUCCGUAUUAAUUGAUUGUGGCAAACACUGACGACUUACUAAAAGAGAGCGCGAUGAGGCUGCCACACGCAGAGGUCGUUUAUGAAACCGCUCAUCUUCAAUCAGUCGCAGCCAAGUAUUGUUUUUGUAGUGCGUCAUUCAUGAACAAGUAGCGAACACAGUCGUUCUUUAUAUCACGGCAAUAGCGUGGCCCAGUUUUUGUUGUUUGUAGUAAGUAGCUCAAAUGGCCGGCCACUGACCAGAGUGAUAAAGUUGCCUUUUGCUCCUUGUUGUGGUUGUUCCUUCUGUGCCUGUCUAUGACCUUGCUGGUCCUUGCUUUACUUACUUAGUGCAGCACUAGGCUGAUCAUUAUGUUGCUGAUGGUAGUUAUCAUGCUGAUCCUAGAAGUGCGUUUACGGAUCUACCAUGUUGUUGGUGUUGAUCGUCAUCCUGUUGGUGAUAUUGAUCCUGAUCAUCGUGCUAGUAGUGUAGUGGUGAUAGAUCUUAGUUACUUUCUUCACACGGUUAAUUGGUGCUACAGAGAAGCACAAGAACACAGAAAACCAAAUUAGAAAAGGCAUUCGCGGCGCAAGCAAGAC